UGGCAUGGGCUCGGUUCUGAAAUGCAAAUUCAUUAUCGCGUAUAAAUAGAUCCUCCCACCUCAUGUCAAAUGCGACACGGUUAGUCAGAAAGACAGAAACAGUGUGAGUUAUCCACUUAUCCUUAAUCAGCGAAGGAUUUUGCUCGAUCGAUCAUGGCAUCCUCUUCUGCCGUUCUCGUCACGCUGCUGAUCGCGAGCUACGUCGCGGCGGCCGCAGCCACGACGUUCGACGUGGGCGAUGGGCAUGGCUGGGAUACCGGCGUCGACUACACUGACUGGACCGUUGGCAAGACGUUCGCCGUCGGCGACACGCUAGUGUUCAACUACACGAGGAAGGCGCACACGGUGACGGAGGUGAGCCAGAGCGGCUACGACGCUUGCGACGGCGGCAACUCGGUGAGCAACGACGACAGCGGCGCGACAACGGUGACGCUCACGACGCCCGGCGUGCACUACUUCAUCUGCGACGUCCCCGGCCACUGCGCCGGUGGCAUGAAGCUCGCCGUCACUGCCGCCGUCGUCGGGGGUGACGUCGGCUCGACAACGGGAAGCACCAUCCCAGCAGGGGACGCCGGGGGAUCGUCCUUGGUUCCUGCGACGAGGGCCGUCGCCGUUGGGGCUCUGCUGAUCAUGCUGAUUCCGCUGUUCUGAUGAAGAACGCACGUCGUUGGUGAGUAGAGAAAGUACAGCUUACUCGAUCGGCAUCCGCGAUUUGUAAGUUCAUCAGGCUUGUCUGGUUUUCAUUUGCUAGGUUUCUUCCGUUGGUUUGUAUAAGGCCCUGUAAAAUGGGACCUGCUUAGAAAGUUGCUUACAAGAGUCUUUGCCGUAAGCACUAUUGCAGUGCUUAUUUUCACAAGAGAGGUGCCUAGUUAAGCAUCUUUUUUGUAUAAAUAAGUAUUAGUGCUUAAAACCCUAAUUUAUUUUUCUAAGCAUCUCUAUUUUUUUUAUAUAACCUAAUGUGGCUUGUG